AUGUCCGAUGACGAGGAAGAUAUCAUAGUGCUCCAGGUUUGCGCCAACCAGCGGUGCUUAGGCAUUGAAGACCUCGAAUUUGAUGAAGAGAGCGGCGAGAUGUACUGUGUGAAUUGCCGUGAGCUGUACGCUCGUGCGGAGGAUGAGGGUUUUCGGCUUCUUCUAACUGAUGAAGACAUGCCACUGAUAAACAUGAUUUUUAAUUGCUUUGACGGAGGCAAAAGGUACUGGACGUAUGAGGACUUUGACCGGUUUCGAGGGUAUACAGGACAGUCCAGUGAAACCGCUAUAGAUAGCCACGAAGCCCUACGGGAUUUCUUCAAGGAAGAGUAUGACAUUGAAAUCAGCAAGGGUGCCACAGGUGAGUACGUCGUUUACAAACAAAACCUGGAAGAAAUGUAUGGCGGUUAUAUUUAUAAUAACAUAAAUGCGCUUGUUGCAGACUGUGAUUCCCUGGAGGAUGCCGGAAUGAUCCGCACAGCAACUUUGGAAUGA